AUGAGUGGAAGACGGACGAUGCGCGAGGCUCGCGACGACGCCGAGGACAUGCGCCGCGCCAAGAUGCGGGCAAAACAGCAGCGCUGGCAGGAGCGCCAGGAGCGCUCCAAAGAAAGCCGCGAAGAGAUUGACAAGCUGCAGCUGCGCUGCGCCGAUAUGCGUCGCGAAUUGGAGGACAUCGCCGAGUCGAACGAGGCGAACACGUCCACGGAGCACCAGUACUCCAAGUUCACGGAGCUGCCCAUCUCGCAGCGCACCCAAAUGGGGCUGGAGCGCGGCCAUUACACCAUACUCACACCCAUCCAGAAAGGCUCGCUUCACCUGGCCCUCGCCGGCUUCGAUGUCCUCGGCGCGGCCAAGACGGGCUCUGGCAAGACCCUCUGCUUCGUCAUCCCGGUUCUUGAGUGUCUUUAUCGCGAGCACUGGUCAUCAGACAUGGGGGUUGGGGCACUGCUUCUGAGUCCCACGCGGGAGCUGGCGCUUCAGAUCUUCAAGGUGAUGCAACUCGUAGGCUACAAGCACGUCCUUUCGGCGGCACUCCUCACCGGCGGGCGCGAUGUGCAGGAGGAGCGCAAGCGGCUGCACGCCAUCAGCAUCAUCGUCGGCACCCCAGGCCGCAUCCUUCACCACCUCCAGGAUGACGCGGAGCUUGUCCUUGACAACAUGCAGCUCUUCUGCAUGGACGAGGCGGACCGGCUGCUCGACAUGGGCUUCCGUGAGGCUAUCACCAGCAUUCUCGCGUACCUGCCCCCACAACGGCAGUCGCUCCUCUUCUCGGCUACUCAGACGACGGAUGUGCAGAUGCUUGCCCAGAUGUCCCUCAAGAACCCGCGUUAUGUCUCCAUGCAGGCCAUCACUGCCGCCCCGACGCCGAUGACGUUGUGCCAGAAUUUUGUUGUUGUUGAGCUGCACAAGAAGCUGGAUGCGCUGCUGAUGUUUCUGAAGCGCCACCCGAACGACAAGAUCGUCGUCUUUGUGAGCACCUGCAACCAGGUAAAGUUCAUGCACCUUGCGUUCUCCAAGAUCCUCAAGAAGAUGCGCAUCCCCUCCAUGUGCCUGACCAGCAAGAUGAAGCAGUUCCGUCGCGAGGAGGUGUUCCUGACCUUCUGCCGCUGCAAGUCGGCAGUGCUCUUCUGCACCGACGUCGCCUCGCGUGGGCUCGAUUUUCCACUCGUGCACUGGGUCGUGCAGUACGACUGCCCGGACAGCGCGCAGACCUACAUCCACCGCGCCGGUCGCACGGCGCGUGCUGGGGCGCGUGGGGUGAGCCUGCUCUUCCUCACCCCGCGUGAAACGCCGAUGCUGAGCUACCUGCAUCACAAGCAUGUCCCGCUGCGGGAAAUCGCCAUCAAGCCCGACUACCUCACCUCCUCGCACGAGAUAUUCGUUGCGCUCGUGGUGCAGGGUCUGAAGUACGAAGCGCAGAAGGCCUUCAUAGCGUACCUGCGCUCCGUUUACUUUGCCUCCAACAAAAAUGUCUUCGAGGUGGCCUCCAUCGAGGUGGAGGCGUUUGCGAAGUCGCUCGGCUUGCCCGUUGUGCCGGACAUGUCAGAGCUGCAGAACCUGCAACGCAGCGCCAAGAAUUUGCCGUGGGACGUCGUCAACUUCAUCGCGCAGAGGGGCGGUGGUGGCGCUGACAAGGCCGGCAGCACCCUGACACGGAAGGAGAAGCACCUACAAGCAACGGACAUGUACCGUGUCAUGGAGCAGAAGCAGCGGUUCGCCAACAAGAAGGGUGCCCUGCCCGGUGAUGGCUCGAGUAGGGGCGAUGGCUCUUCGGGUGACGCGGGCAGUGACGAUGACGACUUUCUUGUGAAGAGGGAGCCUGCUGGCGCCUCCAGUAGUGGAGCAUCUGUCUCCGUCAAGGCUGGCACUGUCGUAGCGGACUCAAACUCAUUGCACCUGACCCUGGAGGAGCGCCUCGCGGGCCUCUCAAAGAACAAGCGUCGGAAAUUGAUUGAAAAUGCAGACAUUCGCGUGCGCGACUUGGGACUCAACCAGCGCAUCAUCUUCCACGACGACGACGACGAGCCCGAUGAAGGGGUCAACGCCAUGGGGAAUGGUGGCAGAAGCGGGGCGAAAGGUAGCGCGGCACACUCGUCUCCCAGCGACGACGAUGCGGAUGCGGAAGAUGAGACCACCGUCGCCGGCCUGCUCAAACAGGCCGUGUUGCGGCACCGCGAGGAAGACAACAAAGACUUUGACAGUAGCAGCGACGACGCGGACUUCACGACAAAGCUGCAGACGCGCGUGCAAGCCAACAAGGCCGACGACCUCGAGCGUGCCAAGAAAAUGCGGCGGCUGCGACGCCUGCAGCGGCAGGGCCGCGUAUCGCACAAAUCGACUGUUGACGAGAGCGGCAUAAAGACUGCCAACGGCGGACCUCGCCCAGCCAACUCGGACGAUGAUGCGGAUGACGGCAGCGAUGCCGAGAGCACCGGCUCCAUCAGCCGUCUUCUCAAAGCGGCACGCGGCGAGCUCUAUAGCGACGACGACGACAACGACGAGGACGGCGGAGAAGAGGAGGGCCUCUUCGGCCGCGCAAGUGCUGCGCGUAAGCGCACACGUGAAAACGGCGCAUAUCACGACAUUGAUAGCAGCGACAGCAACGACAGUGAGGGGGACGCCGAUGAAGCUGCCUCUCCGCCACCGCCGCCGCCGAAGAGGUCGAGGCAGAGGCGCUGA